UCGGCAUCGUCGGCAUCAUCGGCUGUCUCUUUGACCACAUGGAGUUAGUGAACGCAUAUCGGGAUAUUUUUGACUAAUGUAAUAUUUCGUGAUAAUACAUUUUCAAAAUGUAAAUGAGCUUAUGACUUUGAAUCGUUGAAAAAUAUUAAUAUAUUAAGAGGUUGUAAAUAUAACCGAAAAUGUCAGUUGUAUCCUCAAGAGUUAGCAGCGUGUCAUCGAUCUUAAAGACACCUGGAGUUAGAUCGCAAUUAAUUAGACAGUCUAAUAGAGUAUAUUUCAAACUUCCAAAAAAUCUCAAAAGUAUUAUUUAUAAUUUUGAAACUGGUAAUGGUAUUAAAGACUAUGAAGAUUUGAUAUGUAUCUUACGUGAUUCGAAUAUAAAGGAUACAGAUUUAAUAGAAUUUUUGGUAAAUGUGAGACAAUGUAUGUCAUUACUUGGUCCAACUCAUCAAGUAUUUAUAGAGACACUUCUGCAACUAAAAUGGACAAAUCGUUCAGUGGAAGCAACAUCAGCCUAUAAAGCAUUUAUAGAAGAUUUAAUUUGUAUGCAAAUUUAUUAUGCUAAAAAUGUUAUAGAUAAUUUAGUUGAACAAUUUAAACCAGAUGAAAAUAGUGAUACUGAAUGGGAAGCUGGACAGUGCAAGGAAGAAGAUGUCCAAAGAUUAAAUCAUAUACAUGAUAUUCUAUGCAAAAUUUUGAAAAUUGUGCCAAUGUCAAGUAAACUGCUACUCCAAUCGCUCAGAGCAAGAUUUCCAUAUAUUGUUCAUGGAACUCAUACACAUGAAGUUUAUGUUUAUGCAUUGAUUCAAAUAUUAGAAUAUGCACCUCAAUUACGAUCUGAUAUUCUGUCUCUAAUUAUUAAUAGGUUAAUGGUAUUAGAUGUAAAUAUACCACGGUUAGAGACAGAUAACGACGACGAAGACUUAAUGGAUGAUAGUGAUUGUGACAGCACAUUUGGUAAUGAGAAUAAUGUUGUCGAACACAAUGAUACAACAGAAACAGAUAAAAUACAUCCAAUAGCUCAUAAAUUGGAUGUGUGUAUGACACUGAUUCUGAAAUAUAUGCAUAAUUCCUGUUUAGUUGAAGGAGUCUUGCAAAUGGAAUCUUUAAAAAGUCUUUAUUUCGAUAUAUUACAAAUAUUUGAAACUGUAAUAUUACCCACUCAUGCAAGUCAAUUUGUCCAGUAUAUUAUAUUCUAUAUUUGUAGUUUUAAAACAGCUGUUGCCGAGGCUUUUAUAGAUUGGUUAUGGCGCAAGGUAUCAGAUCCUAACAUACCUUCUAUUACGCGUCAAUCAUCCGUGGCAUACAUUGCAAGCUUUCUAGUUACGGCAAAUUUUAUCACAGCCGGGUUAGUGAAAGCAGUACAGUUUAGAUUGUGUAAAUGGAUUCACGAUUAUAUUAACAUGCAGGAUCACUCAAACUACAUAGACGAUGAAAAUAAAGAACACACUGUAUUUUAUUCUGUUUGCCAAGCAUUAUUUCUUAUAAUUACUAAAAGGCAUAAUGAUUUUCCUGAUUCAAAAAAAUAUAUGUUAUACUUACAAGAAUUGGACUUAGCAAAAAUUAUAACCUGUAAGUUAAAUCCAUUAAAAGCCUGUCAUCCUGAAAUCGUGCAUAAUUUCGCGGAAAUUACGCGAAUGUACCAAUUGGCUUAUUGUUAUACUAUAAUUGAAAAUAAUACACGAAGCCAGCUUCCUAUAUUUGGCAGUAAAAAGGCAGCAACAAUUACGGUCGGAAACUUUUUCCCAUUUAGUUCUUAUACAUUGGCUCAAAGCGGACAGCAAUUAAUUUCUCUAUUUCGUGACAAUGUUACUAGUAGUAAUGAACAUAAAGCAACUAUUAAAUAUAAAGAAGAUAUAGAAUAUAUGACGGAAUAGAAGAAUUUUUCAAAUUCAAUGUACUUUCGAUUUAUUUGUAACCAACCACCUUUUCAAAUAAAUAAAUUAUUCGCAAAAA